GUGCGUUACUAUGCCUCAAUCCGCGUUCGAUAGGAUUGUCACUCUCAUAAAUGAGGCAUCUUUAGCACAUGUCACGAGUAUCAAAGUGUCCAAUUUACUUCAGGUGAAAGAGUUACUGAUUCACAGUGAAAGCUCUCUGCUGGAUAACUUUUUUGAGGAGGUUGUCAAAUUUCAACAUGAUCCAAACACAGAAGUUAAAAAGGCAGUUAUUGGUUUUAUUGAAGAUGCUUGUCGUGUCGAUACAGGUCUUCUAAAAAGAGCAGUAGGAUCUCUGUUUUAUCUGUUCUCAACGGCGAUACAACAAGAUCCCCCAUCUGUUAGUUUACUGAGAUGCCUUACGGCAGCAAUGAUACCUAUCUACCGGAUUGCAUUAUCUCGUGCCAUCAAAGUUGGAAUAAUUGAUUCUGGUGUGUCAAUGGGUGGCGGUUGCGGAAUAAUUGCCAAUUCAACUGCUGAUAUAGCUUUGGAGACAUUUCGAAGUGUUGCUGGACUCAAAGAUGAAAUCGUUCGGUUGAUGUUACCUUCAGAAGUCUCUGGAACAUCGGUUUUUGGUCAAUACCAUCCUUCAGUGUUUAAUGAUACCAUAAGAAUCCAGGCAAUCAGUCUUAUCGAG